AGACGGUGCUAUGGGUGCUGGUGGUAUACUUGUCUCUUCACUUGGCUCCUAUAGAAAUGAGGGUGGAUGAAUUUGAACAACCUGCACGAAGGGAGCAACCGCCGGCAUCAACGCAGCGUCCUGAGCCUCACUACGAAUAUCUGAACAUGGGCAAAUGCUUCCAUAUGCCGCGGUCCGAGUGCCCCAAGGAGCAAGGGACUUGCAAGCGUGUGAGCGCUGUCUCUGUCUUCUGCUGUGACCUGGACAGUGUCAGGCUAAAGGAAGCACUAAGUAAUACAAUAACGCAGAAUACUACAUAUCUUCAUGUGUUAAACGCAACAAUAGACGAGCUGGAUGUCUCGCAGGCUGUGUUCCGAAGGCUGGCUUCUAUGGCGCUUACUGAUGGCGACAUCGGGAAAAUCAGUGGUCAGUUUCCGAAGCAUUCCUCUAUGGCGUGUUUGAACAUAUCUAAUAACAACCUGACCACCGCCAAGCUGCCGUCCACGCACCGUCCAUUUGCUUACCUCUUCAACUUGACCGUGCUGGACGCGUCAGCUAACAAUCUCACAGAGUUUCCGUUGAGUCUAGUGCACAGUAACAAGAAGAUUUCCGUCGACCUAUCCGGUAACAAGUACCUUCCGUGCAAGCACUUCCAACGGGCGAUGGACACCAACAACAUAUCUUUGGUGACAUUCUUGCAGUACAACCAGACGUUCUGCGCUCUAGACCUGCAGUUCAACUGGUUUAAAGACGUUCAGAUAGUACAGAUAGAUCACCUUAAAGUACAGAAAGAGUUAAACGCGAACUGUCGCAAUAUCCAGCCGCCGGACAGCAACUGCAGCUGCGUGUUCGAGCGGCUGGAGCUGGUGGGGGACGAGGUGACCAACCUCGUGGCGGUGGACUGCUCGCGCCGCCACCUGCGCCAUCUGCCCGCGCAUCUGCCGCCCAACACCGUCAAGCUUAACGUCUCCUACAACAAUAUAACAUCGUUGAGCGCGGUGGGCGACGACCCCAGCUACGAGCACUUGCGGCAGCUGUUCGUGGACUACAAUGACGUUACCAACAUCGUGGCGCUUGAGGGGACCAAGUUCAUUGACAACUUUAUGAUUUUCUCCAUCAGCCACAACAAACUUAAGACGAUCCACACAUACGUAUUGUCGAAUCGCGUCGGUACAAUAGGGCCGAUCCUAUCUAUCGCUGGCAAUAAGAUUAUAUGCGACUGCAACGCCGAGAAGAUGAUAAAGCCUUGGCUCCAAGAGAACUUCAAAAACAUUCCGGACUAUAAAGGUCUGGAAUGCCAGGACGGCAUGGGCCCCGUGGUAGACCUAAUAGAGACACGCGUAUGCCACAUGCCUAGGGAUUGGACAGACUACAUAUAUUACAUUAUUGGACUGGAAGUAUUAGUGUUCGUUCUGUUAAUAAGCAAAGUUUCUUACGACUAUUGGGUAUUCAAGACGGCUGGUUAUUUACCGUGGCCCGCUAAUAAAAUGCCUAGAUUACCCUGCGACUGGCUGUGCGAAUGA